AUAAAAAACACACGAAAGUCACAAACGCAUACACACACACACACACACUCUCUCUCUCUCUCUCUCUCUUCCUCUAUUCAAAGCUUUUCUCUUUUAUAUUUUUCUCUCAAAAACUCAGGCGCAAAGAGAGAGAGAGAGAGAGAAACAUAGAAAUGGAAUCAACAAUCUUUCAUAGAAACCAUGAAAACCCAACUUUUUUGCCAUCACCAAACAGCCACAGCUCAAACAGUAGCUCCAGUAGCAGUGGCAAUGGAUUCCAACAACAACAACAACAGCAACAGCAACAGCAACCGCAACCCACACCACCUCCAACACCACCAUCAUUUCCACACCAAGCACCAAAACCCAUCACCAGAUCCGAAUCCGCCAACCCUUACCCGACUACCUUUGUCCAAGCAGACACUUCCUCCUUCAAACAAGUAGUCCAAAUGCUCACCGGAUCCUCCGAGACUGCAAAGCAAGCAUCUCUAUCUAACAACAACAACAACAACUCAGCACCCGACCCGCCAUCCAAGACCCAUAUCCCACCCAUCAAAUCCAUGAUGCCCAAGAAGCAAAACCAAUCCGGGUUCAAACUGUAUGAGCGUAGAAACUCCAUCAAGAACCUCAGGAUCAACCCCUUGAUCCCAAUCUUCGCCGCUUCUGGUUCUUCACACAAUUCCCUAUCUGGGUUUUCGCCACGUAAGCCUGAGAUCCUCUCUCCGAGCAUUCUUGACUUCCCUGCACUCGCUCUCAGCCCGGUUACUCCUCUCAUACCCGACCCGUUUGACCGAUCCGCCAAUGCUAAGCCGGGUUUGGACACCGAAGCUGAGGAAAAAGCCAUUAAAGAGAAGGGCUUUUUUUUGCAUCCAUCGCCAAGCACUACACCCAGAGAAUCGGAGCCACCACGGCUUUUGCCUCUGUUCCCAACUACUUCGCCUAGAGUUUCAGGUUCUUCGCCUCCUUGAAAUUUCAGAAAAACGAAAAAAAUUUAUUUUUAAUUUUGUGUAAGAUUUUAUGUAUUACUAUUGGCAUUGAUGAUAUGGAUGCAAAAAUGGUAUAAUUUGUAAUGGGAUAUUUGCAGAGAAUGAGAGCAAUCUUGCUUCAAUUGUAGAA